AUGGAGGAGGAGAUGCAGCCGGCGGAAGAGGGGCCCAGCGUCCCCAAAAUCUACAAGCAGCGCGGCCCCUACAGCGUCCUCAAGACAUUCCCCAGCAAGAGACCGGCGCUGGCCAAGCGCUACGAGCGACCCACCCUGGUGGAGCUGCCGCACGUGCGGCCGCCCCCGCCGGCCUUCGCGCCGCAAGCCGCGGUCUCCAUCAGCAGCAGCGAGCCGCCGCCGCCACCGCAGCAGUUCCAGGCGCAGAGCUCUUACCCACCCGGGCCCGGCCGGGCCGCCGCCGCCGCCUCGUCGUCGUCUCCGUCCUGCACUCCCGCCGCGUCCCAGGGCCACCUGAGGACCCCAGCGCCGCCGCCCGCGGCCCCCGCCGCGUCGUCGUCCUCAUCUUUCGCCGCCGUCGUCAGGUACGGCUCGGGCCCGGCGGCAGCCGCCGCGGGCAGCAGCAGCGCGGGCGGCAACGGCGCCAGCCUGGAGCUCAGCGCAGAGAGUCGUAUGAUCUUGGACGCCUUUGCUCAACAAUGCAGCCGAGUCCUUAGCCUCUUAAAUUGUGGAGGAAAGCUUCUGGACUCCAGCCAUUCUCAGUCCAUGAUUUCUUGCGUAAAGCAGGAAGGCUCAAGUUACACUGAAAGACAGGAGCAGUGCCCUGUUGGCAAAGGGGUCCACAGUCAGACCUCAGACAAUGUAGACAUAGAGAUGCAAUAUAUGCAAAGGAAACAACAGACUUCUGCCUUCUUGAGGGUUUUCACUGACUCCCUACAAAAUUACCUGCUCUCUGGGAGCUUUCCGACUGCAAACACCUCCUCAGUCAGUGAGUAUGGCCACCUGGCGGAUGUGGAUCCUCUAGCAACGUCCCCCGUGCACACACUAGGUGGCUGGACCUCCCCGGCGACAUCCGAAUCCCACGGUCACCCAUCCUCUUCUACACUGCCUGAGGAAGAAGAAGAGGAGGAAGAGGAGGGCUACUGUCCUCGAUGCCAAGAGCUGGAGCAGGAGGUGGUUUCACUGCAACAAGAAAAUGAAGAGCUCAGAAGAAAGUUAGAGAGCAUCCCAGUGCCCUGCCAGACGGUUUUAGACUACCUGAAGACGGUGCUUCAGCACUACAACCAGCUUGUGAUCCCACAGCCAGCCGACCAGCCGGCCGAGGGAAGCAAGCAGCUGUUGAACAACUAUCCUGUCUACAUAACGAGCAAACAGUGGGACGAGGCUGUAAAUUCUUCAAAGAAAGACGGGAGGCGGCUCCUUCGAUACCUCAUCAGAUUUGUUUUCACAACCGAUGAGCUUAAGUACUCAUGCGGCCUUGGGAAAAGGAAAAGGUCAGUGCAGUCAGGAGAGACAGGUCCUGAAAGACGCCCUCUGGAUCCAGUUAAAGUAACAUGCCUCCGAGAAUUCAUUAGGAUGCACUGUACCUCCAACCCCGACUGGUGGAUGCCCUCGGAGGAGCAGAUAAACAAAGUGUUCAGUGACGCUGUGGGUCACGCUCGGCAGGGGCGGGCAGUGGGGACUUUCCUGCACAACGGAGGCUCAUUUUAUGAAGGGAUCGAUCACCAGGCUUCCCAGGAUGAAGUCUUCAGUAAAAAUUCCCAGGAUGGGUCUGGUGAUUAG